AUGAUCUCGGCCCAUGAUCCAGUGGAUGGACCGUCUUCGUCAACCAAGUUGACCAACAAGGUCAUAAAGGUUCUGUCGGUGUAUGGUGGUUUAUACAAGACUUUUGGGGAGAACAUCAUCCUGCUCAUUAACCGCGAAGCCGAAACAUCGCUGCAGUUGCUGACAUUGAAGCUGCUUUAUCUGAUUUUCACAACCCCCAGCACUUACGAGUACUUUUUCACCAAUGAUCUUCAUGUCCUGGUAGAUAUUUUGAUCCGAAAUUUGCUCGAUCUUCCUGAGGAGGCAGCACCGCUCCGGCAUACCUAUUUGCGCGUGUUAUAUCCGCUUCUAGCGCAUACUCAGCUAAGACAACCACCCCACUACAAGCGGAAUGAGCUUCGGAAGGUGCUCAGCCUUCUUGUACGAGGGCAAGUUUCUUAUGGCAAUGAUACCGAGGAGGCAAAGAUUCUUCACUUUGAGGAAGUUGACGAGACUACUCGGCGACUUGUUGCUCGCUGUGCGACAGUAGAGUGGCUGCGCAAUGCUGAACCCGACAUUAAUAUUGCGCAAGAGGCCCCCAUUAAGACACUAGUGACCGCUAGUAUUGACACCGUUCUGGAAGACACCGCUCCGCAGGAGUCGCCGAUUGAUAUAGGCGAUCCACUUGAUAUGACCCGUUCACUAUCCCGUGCUAGCACCAUCCCCGACUCACCAGGAGCCGCAUCACCAACAAGAAUGGACUCCCGCGGCUCAUCCGAGGCCCCAGAGUAUCGUCGAAAGCUCAGCGCAGUCGCACGACUGGGCAUGAAUCUCGAGCCGGCCUCCUCUUCCUCUCUGAGCGUGCAAGCCGUGGCCACUCUGCACGAGAAGCCGGGUGUCAUCACGCCCAGCCGCAAAGACGGACUAGGCAUUCGACCGCCAAAAGUCAAGCCCGAACCGCCCAAAUCUCGUCGCUGGCGAGGCCGUCGCCUUGCGAUGGACGAGGAUGACCAGCAGCACUCGGUCGAUACAAGCAGUGAACGCAACAGCAACUCUACAAUUCCUGAAGGCGUGGAGGUCAGUCCUACCACCUACACUGCCCCAGCCACACCCUCCCACACUGGCACUCAACUUGACCGCCGAAACUCCACCACAACCUCCCAUCUCAUCCCCCCAGGACUCCCUGCCCACGGACGUCGAUCCGCAUCAAACCCACCCCCGGCUCUUCCUCCACCCCGUCGCUCCACAACCACUACUCCAUCUUCUAGUCAUCACCGUCCUUCUCCACCCCCUGGGACAGCAGUACCCACUCUUUCCCCUGUGCCCAUAGCAACUGGCAAACACGGCGCAAAGCCUCUGCCGCCAAAAACGCGCCGCUGGGGCCGUGGAAAACCCCAUAUGGCCACCGACUCUGUCGAAAGUGGGACUAGCAGCGGUAGUCUACCUAAGGACGAUGAGGAAGCCGGCAUCAUCGCGGAGACUACCCUGUCCCUCACUACGAAUCCAGAACCAGAGACAGAGCCAGAAUUACAUGACCAUAUCUACCCUGUGCUGUCUGGUAAUAGUAAUGAUGACCGUGACCCCUUCUCCCCAACAUCACCCACAUCACCAACUUUACUUGUUUCUCCCACUUCCCCCACUGCCGAACUUGACUUGCGAGCUGGCGAUGGGCAAGAAGCCGGGAGUAACGGGUCUGCUGCGCCUGUGAGUGUAGAAGAGGCGCUGCAGAAUGUUUCUUUGCAUUAG